AACCCAAAAAAAUCGUAUCAAGUCGCAGAAACAGAUUAUAAAAAGAAGGAAGCUCAGUCCUCAGGUACGAAGACUACCAACGCAUACAUCACACACCUCAUAGUCGGAUCAUCCUCUUAUACAGUUACCUCCGCCACCCUCCGUUACACCGCCGCACCACCCACCGGCAACAGGAACUGAAACACCGUAUAUGAUCUGUUCUCUUUUUUUGGCGCGUUCGCGCGGGAACUUACUUUUCAUAUGGCUUCUGAUCGGGCUCUGUAACUUAAAAGCGGCUUUCAGAGUUUCACAUUUCACGAGGAAUCUCUAGCUCCUUUCCCAUUUCACGAUUGUACCACCCCCCAUUCUUCACGCCUUCACUCACCCCGACCUCGCAAAAGAAUUCAGUUGUAAGCUUUAUUAUCAAUCCAAUGAAAAGAGAAGGCAGAAAGAUGGAUAACUAAUUAUUAGUCAAUUUGUAUAUCGAUGUCUCCUUCAUCCAAAUACUUUCCCCUUCGGUGGGAAAGCACUGGUGAUCAGUGGUGGUUUGCAUCCCCUAUUGAUUGGGCAAUUGCCAAUGGACACUUUGACUUGGUCAGGGAGCUUCUUAGGCUGGAUGGUAACCACCUCAUCAAGCUUACCUCGCUGAGAAGAAUCCGCCGCCUUGAGACUGUAUGGGAUGAUGAGGCACAGUUUGAUGAUGUGGCCAAGCGCCGCUCUCAAGUUGCACGAAGGUUACUCAUCGAGUGUGAGAAUGAGAAAGGAAAAGAUUCUUUUAUAGGAGGGGGGUGUGGUGGGUGGCUGUUGUACACUGCUGCUUCUGCUGGAGACCUGAGUUUUGUCCAAGAAUUGGUCCAAAGGGACCCGUUGCUUGUCUUUGGUGAAGGAGAGUAUGGUGUCACUGACAUACUAUAUGCUGCUGCAAGGAGUAAGAAUUCUCAUGUCUUUGGACUUCUUUAUGACUAUGCUCUCUCCCCAAGGUUUUCAGCAGAGCUGGAAGGACAUGUUUGUGACGUUCCAUCAGCUUACAAAUGGGAGAUAACGAAUAGAGCCGUUCACGCGGCUGCCAGAGGAGGUAAUCUUGGGUUUCUUAAGGAGAUCCUGUCUGAUUCUUGCCAUCCUGUGUUGGCUUACAGAGAUGCACAGGGUGCCAGCAUCUUACAUGCAGCUGCAGCUCGGGGACAGGUUGAGGUAGUGAAAGACCUUAUAAGAAGUUAUAGUGAUAUAAUUAUCAGCUCCACAGACAAUCAUGGAAACACUGCAUUACAUAUCGCUGCAGCUAGGGGACAAUUAGCUAUUGUUGAAGCUCUCACAGUUGCUUCGCCCUCGCUUAUUUAUUCAACAAACAAUGCAGGAGAGACAUUUCUUCAUGCUGCAGUUACUGGUUUCCAAACACCUUGCUUUCGUAGAUUGGACCGUCAGAUUGAGCUAAUGAUGAGUUUAGUGGGUGGAAGGGUGUUCAAUGUGGAAGAAAUUGUGAACGCGAGAAACAACGAGGGUAGGACGGCUCUCCAUCUGGCCAUCAUCAGUAAUAUCCAUUACGAGCUUGUGGAGCUGCUUAUGAGUGUUAGGUAUAUGGAUGUGAACACGCGGGACAAGGAUGGAAUGACACCACUGGAUAUACUGAAGCAGCGCCCUCGAUCUGAGUCAUCGGAGAGAAUCACCAGGAAGUUGAUUUCUGCUGGAGGGAUCUUCAAUGAAGCAGCAAGAAAAGUGGUUGCUUCCCACAUUAGGAUGCAAAGCAUGGUGGGAGGCAGUCCCGGUACUUCUUUCAGAAUCUCUGACCCUGAAAUAUUGAUGUUUACAAGCGGCAAUAAAGGGUGUUUGAACACCUUUUCUGCUCCUGCUGCUAUUCAAGAAGAGAAGCUUGUGGUCUAUGCAGGAAAUAAACCUGCUAUGAAUGCACCAGCAAAGCAAGCUACUACACAACGGUUGAAACGUCUAUUCUUGCAGUGGCCAAAGAUCAAGAAACGCGAUGGUCGUAGUAAGCUUUCUGUUAAGAAGAACAGUAGAGGAGGAGGAGGAGGAGGGCAAAGAUGUAGUUUUGAUGGUGGCACUAUUACAACGCCAAUCCCAUUGCGCCAGAGAUUUUCCAAGAAGACACCAUCUGAUCUUUGUGUUAGGAACUACCACCACAUCCUGCCAGGCAGCCCUACUAUUACAUUAGCAGCAGCGGCAGCAAAGAAGAGGUUUGCUGUUGCUGCUGCUUCAUCUUCGUCAGGGAUGAUUGCGAAAGAUGCUGUUAAAAGAAGCAUCCCUCUGCGGCGCUCAUCUCGUUCUUCAUUUUCAAUGUCAUCGUUUCUCGAGUUUCCAGACAAACAAAAAGAUGGUGCAGCUGGGCCUUCUUGCUGCUCAGCUAAUAAUGAAGUUGGUGGAGAUCCACAUUGGAUUGGGAAACAGGCCAGUGUAGUGAGAAACAGAAGGUCAUUGUCGUCGUCAUCGGUGAUGAACCAGUACUUUUGCUUGGGUGCUGUUCCAGCAGGACAAUCUGUGAAGGACCCCCCUGCUGCUGCUAGGCUGCUGCUGAACCCAUUUGAAAGUUAUCAACGUUCUGUUCUAUCCACUGCUUGAUGAUGGCACUGUAGUGUGUGUUGGUGUGUGGAUGUGUGUUUUGCUGUUGUCACUGAUUUGAUACGAAUUAUAGUGUGGGGUUUUCUGCAAUGUUCUUCAGAUUAAAGUUAAUAUAUGUUGGAUUAUGCAUGGUCUUUAUAUGAAUCUCUUGAAUAUAAUAUAUGUGUGUGUGAGUGUGUGUAUUGAUGUGUCACACAUACAUAUAAAGUUUGGUUCAAAUGAGAAUGUAAUCUAAUAAAAGAAUUGAGAGUAAAUCAUAAUCAUUGGAUUAAUUUUAUAAGAAAGAUUACGAAU